GAGAGACAGUGGGCGAGAGAGCAGUACUUUUCCAUUGGGUCUGAAGGAGGACGAAUGAAAUGCGUCCGCUGCUAAACUGAGGCCAGUAAACCAACCCGGCUCCACAACUCAGCCUGAGCGUUUCUAGUGAAAGAGAACAUUUAGAUGGAUCAGCUGAAGCUGGAAUGUUCCGGGCCUUCAGAUGAAGGAGAAAACUGACCAGUAGUGGACGUUCGGCUUUACAGAGGUCAACCUGCUAUGGGUUUGUUGACCGUAGGUUUAAAAUGACCCCGCAGCAGGGCGCCAAACUUCAAACUCCGCUACGGGACAAUGAAACCUGCAAAAAGACGAUGAAGACGACAGUCCAGCGGAGACACACCACACACACUGUUAUUAGAGCAUUCAGCAAGAGCAGACAUCAUAGCAGUGAUGCGUACAGGGUGGAUCACAUGUCUCCAAAUGCAGUGCUUCUUCUGGAAGACCACGCCCACCUCACAGUCGGCUUGGAAACGCGUGAGAGGCUCCUCCUACUUUUCACAGAUUCACUCAUCAUCGCCAAAACUAAGUCACUGUAUCUGAAGCUGAAGGCUCGUGUGAGUCUCUGUGAUGUAUGGCUCGCUUCCUGUAUCCAACAUGUGGCGAGCAGGAAAUUCAGUGCCAAAAACUCCUUCGUGAUUGGCUGGCCGACCACCAAUUAUGUGGUCACUCUGAGCUCUUCAGAGACGAAGGAGAAGUGGCUCCGUGCGCUACAGUGGCACAGCGGGAGAGCCAGGCAGAGCUUCAUCCCCAACAGGAUCCUGCUGAACGUUCAUCUGUUCGACAACACAGCAACGACUCCAGUGAUGGUCGAUAUGAACUCUACAGCCGACAGUGUGGUCCAGAGCGUCCUACAGCACAGCGGCCUGUCGGGCUCAGUCUCAAACUACCAGCUGUGCACGGGGCAUGACGGGGAGGAGGACAUGUACCCACUCAUCGGUCAUGAGCUGCCGUUCUGUAUCCUCCUGCACACAUUGCGCUCCGCCCAGGGCCACGCCCCCACUCCCAGUCUCCAGCAGCCUUCUGAUGGACUGAGCACUGACCACCUGCAGAAACAGCCCAAAUCACUGCGAUUCGUACUGAAGACACGACCUGCAGAGAACGUGCACUCUCACACAGGUUCUUCUCUGAAGCACAAGAGGAAAAAGUCUCUCAUUGGUUGGGCUCUGAGAAGGGGUUACAACAGCCAAUCAGAAAAAAAGAAUGACUCUGACUCCGCCUCCAACAAGCUGUUUGGCAUACCACUCGCUUCAGUUUGUCAGGAUGGAAAUCUGCCCAGACCAAUCAUGGAUAUACUGUGUGUGCUGUACCACGAGGGUCCGAAAACUCUCGGAAUAUUCCGGCGCUCUGCAAAUGCCAAAAGCUGCCGGGUCCUGAAGGAGCGACUGAACUCUGGACACCACGUUCCGCUGCACGGAGAAUCCGUCUUCACUGCCGCGUCCCUCCUCACUGAGUUCCUACGCAGACUGCCAGACAGUGUACUGGGCUGUGAAUUGUAUGAAGACUGGAUGGAGGUGAUGGAAGCAGAUGAUCAGGAGGACAGAUGCACCUCCGCCAAGAGUGUGCUGGCGAAGUUGCCCCAGGUGAACCGCUCCCUGCUGUAUUACGUGUUUGGAAUGCUCCACUGUAUCCACACCAACGCAGAUGUAAAUCAGAUGACCGCAGCUAAUCUGGCGUUGUGCAUCGCGCCCAACAUGCUGUGGAGAUCAUCACCCUGUAGUGCAGAGCAGGAGAACCAAAACAACCUGGAGGUGGCUGCACUCGUCCGAUUCCUGAUUGAAUGCUCCCCCACCAUCUUUGGCGAUGAAGUGGAAAGCGCGUUUGCCGCGCUGUUGGACGCAGCACAGGAAACAGACGACCUCGCAGCUGAUGCCACAUUCCUCCUCCAGUCCUCCUCAGAAGAGACAGAUCAGGAUGGACUUUCCUCUCCUCUCCACUCUCCAGAUCUCGAUUCCUUCCUUCCUCUGACCACUUUUCACAGAGAGGUCCAUCCUUUGAAGAUCACCAUGGCAGCGGCAGGUGGGGCGUACAGCUGCGGGACGCUAAACUUGAAGACCUCGAGAUCCAGUGCAUCGGUCUGCUCGCUUGGCAAUGAAGAACUCAGCCAGUCUAGAAACCGAUGCCUUUCAGAACCUUCCAUGUGCAUGGUGGCUCCUGCAACACAGGUCUCGCCUCACGUCACCGUUCUCCGCCAGUCUAGCUGUGAUAACUCUGUGAUGUACGGUAAAAGUGGCCGAUCGCAGGACAUGGCAGGAUUCAGCCCACUUUUACCUGCUCGUAAAGGUGGAACAGGAAAAGGACGCUACGCUUUCUGGAAAUCUCCGCAAUUCUCGACCCGUUUCCGGCACCCUGCGCAAAGGCUUGCUAGCAUGUCCAGUCUUUCUUCCACCACCACCACUUCUUCCCUCAGCUCAUUGGACAGCGCUCUGUCAUUCAGCUCUACAGAGCCAAUCCCAAGCCCCGGCGACAAUCAGCCCCGUCCCUUUUUGUUCGGGGCUUCUGCCAGACUGCGCCCACUGACUCCGGAGAUGCCCAGGAAACUGUGGAAGAUGGCCUUCACCUACGAAGAGCGAGAGGCAGAUCUAAGAGAUGGACAGAAUGGUCAUGGAGAGCAAGACUUUCCGGGUACCUUCAAAGACGAGGGUAAAGCUGAAAAUAAAGGAGAGGAAGAUGGAGAGGGAAGCCCGGGUGGAGCACUAGCAAUGGGGAAAGAUACAGAUGUAGAGACUGGGGCAAAGGAAAAUGAGCUCGGAGAAACUUUAGCAGAGGAAGAGAGAGUCCAAAAUAGAGAGUUACUAGUAGAAGUGAGAGAGAAAAAUGGUUUAGAAAGCUCCGCUGGUGGUGUAAGCUCUGGGACAUGCCCGAGCCUGGAUAACCCUGAGCCCUUUUGUCACACCCGCACACCUGGCAGUGAUGGAGGAAUCUCCCAGGAGAUCACACGCCAGCUGAUGCCUGAUAAUGAGAAAAGGGAGACAUCUGUCGCUCACAUUCACCUGGAGCGACCUCUCUCGAAUUCUGAUGCACGCAUAUCACAAACAUCCACCAACAAACACAAUCUAGCACUCUCCUCAGGACGAGAAGGAGGGAACAGGAUGAAAAUCACUUUCUUCCCCACCGUGGGCAGAGUGAUGCUGAAACCGUCUCUCUUUAAAGGUCAGGAAAGUCGAGGCGUUACGCACGGUGUUGUUGCCGAUGUUAAUGGGGCUGCCAUAGAGACGGAGACGGGCAGCGUAGCACAAGUGAACAUCCCUCAAACCCUGUUUUACAGGCAAAAUGUUCCACUGGUUCUACAUUCUGCAUCUCUAGGUAAACCACCUGCUAGAAACGAAGACGGCGAUGAUGCUGGAGAAACAGAUAGCUGUGUGAGCGCAAGCAAAGCGACAGAGGAUGACGCUGGCAGUGGACUUGGCAGCACUGCCUCUACUGAUGGCAGCCUUUGUGCCCAAGACUUGGCACAUGGCAAAUCAGCAGAAGACGACAAUGUUUGCUUGUCUGGUAGCAAGGGCCACACUGUUGGCAUCUGUAGAGUGGACAGCGUCGGCGUAUCUCCGAGUCACGUGAGCCAGCCUGCUCCCAGCAAAAGCCCGGGCACCUUGCGCCACACCAUACGCAUCCGGCUGCCGACAAACGUCCGCAACACCGUCAGAGCUUAUUUCAGUCACACGCACACCAUCUCGCUUGCUAACGCGGAUUCUGCUGCAUCUGCGAAAGCACCCACCAAAGCCCAGAACAGGCCGCUGUUCAGCAGCAAGCUUCAAUGGCAAAAAGCUGGUGGCAGUGCUCAGGUGCACCCUGAAGGGGGCGCUGCUGUUGGUCAGUCACUCUCUGAUGAAUCUCUUGCCUGAGCUCAAAGGCAAGGUGGAACAAAAUGUGGUAGGAAUUAACAGUGGACUGGAUUUGCUGCCAUUAAAAGAACUCUGGAGUCUUUGAGAGGUUGAGAACGAGUUUUCAAUCAAUAUUCAAAAGUGGUUUAAAGGUUUUCUUGUCCCACUUUAUAUUAAAUGUCUCUGUGUAGUUACAUGUGAACAACAUAUGCAACAACCAUGAAACUACUAAUGGUGUAAUCAAUGUUACAGAUGGAUUACAGAAGUGCACCUUAUGUAAUUGCACAAGUGUAUCUCAAUAGUUUUAGCAGCCUGUUGUCUUAUGUAAUUACACAAGGGUGAUGACACAAAUGUAAUUGACUAAAUCAGCAGUAGUUACGUUGUUGUUGUUGCAUUUGUUAUUUAUGUGUAACUAAGUUAUUAGAGACAAUAUAAAGUGGGACCGGUUUUCUUGUUUUCUCAUGCUACAGGCUGGCUUUAAUGCACACCACACACUAUGGCUUAUGCCACCGACAGCAGUUUUAGCUAAAUAGCCACUUCUGAUUUAAUGAAAUGCCCAAAGUCCAGUUUCAACUGGCACGUUAUUUAUUUGAUGUAUUAAAAUGCUUUGGAUAGAACUAUAAUAGCAAACUGAACUGUGAAGUCUGAACACUUAACUCUUAACUGGUCCGGUCACUCAAAGAAUAAUGCAUUUCAAAACCACGUUAGCUGCUAUUGAUAACCAGCAGUUCUUAAAAUGUUUAGCAAUUUGGCCUGUAAAUGAUUUUAAGCCAUACCGACUCGAAUCUACACCGUUUCAUCAAUGUGGCCACGAUGUGCUUUCACAGAGCGUCCGGUCCAUCAACGUCCUGUUUGUGUCCUUAAAGGAAUGGCUUGACCAACCAUGUGGCCAACAGUGAACA